AUGGGUGUGAACGGCCUCUGGACCGUUGUGCAGCCCUGCGCGCGCCCGACGAACCUCGCGACACUCAAUCGAAAGCGCCUCGCUGUCGAUGCUUCCAUCUGGAUCUACCAAUUCCUAAAGGCAGUGCGUGACAAGGAAGGCAAUGCGCUGCGCAACUCCCACGUCGUUGGCUUCUUUCGCCGCAUCUGCAAGCUCUUGUGGUUCGGCAUCAAGCCCGUCUUCGUCUUUGACGGCGGCGCUCCCGUACUCAAGCGCCAGACAAUUCAAGGCCGCAAGCAGCGGCGCGAGGGCCGGAGGGAGGAUGCCGUUCGCACAGCUGGGAAACUGCUGGCGGUACAGAUGCAGCGGAUUGCGGAGGAAGAGGAGGAAAAGAGGAAGCGCGAUGCGGAUCGAGGCAUUCAACGAGAACGAGAGGAGCCACAGGAGGAUAUACCCGAUAUGGACAAGAUUAUAUAUGUUGACGAGGUCGGUAUGUCGCAGCAAGAACGUCAAAAGACAAGGAAGUUUUUUAAGCAGGAUGCAUAUCACUUGCCCGACAUGGAUGGCGACAUUGCGUCCAUGGCAAAGGCGGAUGAUCCCAGAAUCAUGAGUAUUGAAGAGUUGGAAGAAUACGCUCGACAGUUCCACAACGGCGAAGACAUCAAUCUCUAUGAUUUCAGCAAGAUCGACUUUGACGGCGAAUUCUUUCAAAGCUUGCCUGCGGCAGACAGAUACAACAUUCUCAAUGCGGCGAGACUGCGCAGUCGCUUGAGGAUGGGCCUGAGCAAGGAGCAGCUUGACGAGAUGUUUCCGGAUCGCAUGGCUUUUUCGAGAUUUCAGAUCGAAAGAGUGCGCGAGAGAAACAACUUGACCCAGCGCCUCAUGAAGGAAGCCGGCAUGACUGGUCUUGAUCUCACUCUUAAUGGUGGCGGGAGAAUCGCCGGCGAGAAGGACAGGGAGUAUAUCCUAGUGAAGAACGACGGCGCAGAAGGUGGCUGGGCCUUGGGAGUCGUGAGCAAAGAAAAAGAUCUCGGCGAAGCUCACAAGCCUAUUGACGUCGAUGCUUUGGACUUCCAGUUCCAGGAAAAAGACAAGGUUGAAGCAUCUGAAGAUGAAGAAGAUUUUGAAGAUGUUCCAGUCGAGGGCCUGAAUCGGCUGCCCAAGAUGUCUUCCAGUGCAGCGGCGCAGGCAUCUCGGCAAGCAGCUCUCCAGAGACAACGUUUAUAUGGCAAUCGGGGAAGCAGCGAGGUCAAUGACUUAUUUGAAGAGGAGGAAGAAAGUCUUUUCGUUGAUGGUGAUUUGCCCGAAGCUCAUGUUAGAAACUCAGCCCAAAAACAAGACGACGAGGCAAUGCACCCAGAAGAAGAAGACGACAUCAAUCGGGCCAUCGCCAUGUCACUGCAAAACCAGCACGGCGAAGCUGCUGAAAAGCCCGAAGAAGAUGAACUGUUUGAAGAUGUGGAAUUGGAAGCGCCUGAAUGGAAACAACAGGCUGUGAAAGCACCCAAGCCGAUUGCCGCAAGGAGCGGUCGCAUGGUGGCCCACAUUGUCAACAAUAGGUCUACCGCCGCCGUGCCUAGGAAACGCGCCAACAGUGCUAGCAGUAGCGACGGCGAGAUGGACCUGCAAGCAGCUUUGAAAGCGUCUCGGCAGAAGAAACGAGUGCUGCCAAAGCCUGCGGUGCCUAAUGUCAAGAACCCUUUCGAUGGUCCGCUGCCAUUCCCUAAACUCGCAUGGGGCCCUUCUCUGUUCUCCAUGAAAGCUCAGUCAAAGAAGCCCGAAGGAGCAAACGCCCCGAAACAGCCUGCGCAAAGUAUGCAGGAACCGGCAGGCAUAGAUGACGAUGCCGGGUUUGGUGGCGGAUUUCUCACUGAAGGCGCCGAAGAGGAGGCUGCUGGCGAUGAUGAUAAUGAAGGCGGCUUUGAAAACGGGCUAGAUGAAGACCGCCCCAAGCCACUACCUCCGUGGAUGGUGGACAAUAAAGACAUCCGAGAGUCGAUCAAGCAACAACGGCAAGUGGAGAGCGAGAUCAAUACAGAGGAUAGAGAGGCUGCGCUGGAGGAGGAACGGAGGUUUGAGCGUCAACGGCAAAAUCAGCUUAUCGAGAUUCAGUCCUCUGACGACGAAGACGAUGACAUUGAGAUCCUCGACGCGCCUCCAUCUCCGAAGCAGGCUGCGUCACAGGAGGAUAUCACGUUCCUAGACGAACCCAGUCCCACCGAAGUUGCCCCAUACGCUGAGAUCGAGUCUAAGAAGAAAGAAGAAACGAUGACUACACUGUCAAAAAAGGCAGAUGCAACGUCACGUAAGUCAUCGUUGUCUCCUGAGGUCGAAUUCCAAGACGUUCAGCCUGAAGAAGCCGAUGAAGACAUGGAGAUCACGGUCACAGCAAUCCCUGACUCCCCCGAGCCAAACAUGGAAGAUGUCGAGCCACGACGUCCCGAUUCUCCUCCGGAACCAGCAAUGGAAGAUGUUACUAUCUACGUAGAAGAGCCGAAGCCCGCCGAAGAAGAACACGAGCUUACUUUCGAGGAACUCAUGGGCGGGCCUACGCUUGAUGAUCCCAAAACAGCCGGCGAUAUAGUACAACAUGCCGAAGCCGCCGUCUUCAACGAAAGCGACGAUGAGUUCAGCGACCCGGAAGACGAGGAGCUGUUCGCCAACCUGGCGCAGGAAGCCGAGGAGCACGCCCGCUUCGCCAGCGAGUUGAACAACAAGUCGGAGCAAGAGAACAAAGAGGCGUACGAAAGGGAACUCAAGGCGCUGCGCACGCAGCAGAAGAAGGACCGUCGCGACGCCGACGAGGUCACGCAGGUCAUGGUUACCGAGUGCCAGGCUCUCCUCCGGCUGUUCGGCAUCCCCUACAUCACCGCGCCAAUGGAGGCGGAAGCGCAGUGUGCGGAGCUGGUGCGUCUGGGCCUGGUGGAUGGCAUCGUCACCGACGACUCAGAUUGCUUCCUCUUUGGCGGCACGCGCAUCUACAAAAACAUGUUCAAUAGCAACAAGUUUGUCGAGUGCUACCUCGGCUCGGAUCUCGAAAAGGAACUCUCGCUCUCUCGCGAGCAGCUCAUCGCCAUUGCCCAGCUCUUGGGAUCCGAUUACACGGAGGGCUUGCCCGGCGUCGGUCCCGUGACGGCCGUAGAAAUCCUCUCCGAGUUCCCCGGUAAGGACGGUCUCGCCAAGUUCAAGGAGUGGUGGGCGGACGUGCAGAUGAACAACCGGCCCAAGGAGGCCGACGCGGGGUCGCCGUUCCGCCGCAAGUUCCGCAAGUCGCAGGGCACGAAACUAUUCCUCCCGGCGGGAUUCCCCAACCCGGCUGUCACGGACGCCUACGUCCGUCCGGAGGUCGACGACAGCCCGGAACACUUUCAGUGGGGCGUUCCGGAUCUCGAGGGUCUGCGGCAGUUCUUGAUGGCGACCAUCGGAUGGAGCAAGGAGCGCACCGAUGAGGUGCUGGUGCCGGUCAUCCGGGACAUGAACAAGCGCGACAUUGAGGGCACGCAGACGAAUAUCACGAGGUAUUUUGAAGGGUCUGUCGGCGUUGGCGCGAGGGUCGCGUUUGCGCCGAGGCAAAAGGGCACGACGAGUAAGAGGAUGGCCAACGCCGUGAGUCGGUUGAGGGCUAAUGUCAAUGGGGAGCAACCGAGUGUUGCGGAACAAGGGGGCGAUGCUGGAACUGCUGCUGCCACGGCGGCAACGGCGGUAGCGCCGACGAAAGCUACUGGGAAGAGGAAGGCCAGGCCUAGGACGGCGGCUGCUGAGGAUGAAGAUGAAUUUGUUGACGAUGACGAGGUGGAGCAGGAUGGGCAGGGUGCUCGAAGUGAUAGAGCCCGGCGUGGGAAGAAGGCCAAGGCAUCUGACUAG